AUGGAUCCAGGGUUUCAAGGUGCUCAAAUGAAUUGGAUUGACAACUCCGGAAUCUUCCUGGUCUCGAACAACUCACUCUACGGCUUUGGCUUCAAAACCACCACCGAUGUUACCGAAUUCCUACUAGCUAUCAUCCACAUGCGCAGUACUCAAGUCAUAUGGACUGCCAAUCGAGGGUCCCCGAUUUCCAAUUCCGAUCAGUUCACCUUCGACAAGACCGGUAAAGUUGCAUUGAAGAAAGGGGGGAGUAUAGUUUGGAAUCCUGAUACCAAUGGGAAGCCAGUUUCUUCAAUCCAAAUGCUUGAUUCAGGCAAUUUGGCCUUUUUUGGUAGCGACAAUAAGCUAAUCUGGCAGAGUUUUAGCCAUCCAACUGAUACUCUCAUAACAAGCCAGGAUUUUGGUCAAGGAAUGGAGCUUGUAAGCAACCCUAGUAGCUCUACCAACUUGACUUACAUACUCCAGAUCAAGUCCGGAGAUCUGAUUCUCUCUGCAGGCUUCAAAACUCCCCAGCAGUACUGGUCGAUGCAGAACGACAACCGGAAGACCAUCAACAGCAAUGGUGGUGAUGUCUCUGUGGCAACCAUUGAAGGGAAUUCGUGGAAGCUUUAUGAUUCGAGCCAGGUUCUAGUUUCACAGUUCAUUUUCUCAGAUAGUUCAUCAGCUAAUGCUACAUGGGCUGCAGUCAUGGGCGAUGAUGGGUUCGUUUCGUUCUACAAUCUCGACGUGACUGCCUCAGCUGCUGCUGCUCCCACAAAGAUACCGGCUGAUCCGUGUAGUAGACCUCUUCCCUGUGGUGCUUAUCUGGUUUGUUCUGGUAACAAUGUCUGUCAGUGUCCUUCGCCACUCAGCUCUCAGCCCACUUGCAACCCGGCUGUGGGUUCAUCUUCAUGUAAAAUGUCAACAGAACUCGUGGAUGCUGGGGAUCAGCUGAGCUAUUUCGCACUCAGCUUUGCGCAGCCUUCUUUUGCAAAGACCAAUUUGGAAAGUUGCAAGUCUUCCUGCACAAGCAAUUGCUCUUGCCUCGCAAUGUUCUUUCAGAACAGCUCGAAAACCUGCUUCCUAUUUAACGAUCUGGGGAGCUUCACAAGGCCCAGCUCGACCUCAGGAUUCGAUGCAUUUAUCAAGGUAAAAGCAGGAGGGAUAGGGAGUGGAGGUGGAAGCAAUGGCGGGAAAGGAUUUCCAUUUGGUGCUAUCAUAUCAAUAGCUCUUGGAACUGUCUUUGCCAUUCUCGCUUUGUUAUUUGUGGCAUUUAGAUGCUACAAGAGGAGAGGUCGUGGAUUCCAAGAAUCUCACGGGGAUUCCUCAGAAGACGACAUGUUCCUGGAGAAUCUUUCAGGGAUGCCAAUGCGGUUUACUUACAAGGAGCUUCAGACUGCAACGAAUGACUUCUCGGUGAAGCUAGGACAAGGUGGGUUUGGGUCGGUUUAUCAAGGAGUUCUGCCCGAUGGGACGAGGCUGGCUGUAAAAAAGCUGGAAGGGAUUGGACAAGGCAAGAAAGAGUUUCGAGCUGAGGUCAGCAUCAUAGGAAGCAUACAUCACCACCAUUUGGUUAGGCUGAGAGGGUUCUGUGCUGAAGGAAGCCAUCGUAUGCUUGCUUACGAGUUUAUGGCAAAUGGUUCCCUCGACAAGUGGAUCUUCAGGCGAAGAGAUAAAGACCAAGAAGGGGAGUUCCUGCUAGAUUGGAGAACAAGGUUCGAUAUCGCGGUAGGGACAGCGAAAGGCCUGGCUUACCUACACCAAGACUGCGAUGUGAAGAUCAUCCACUGUGACAUCAAGCCCGAAAACGUCCUCUUGGAUGGCAACUUCCUCGCCAAGGUCUCUGACUUUGGGCUGGCCAAGUUGAUGACCAGAGAGCAGAGCCACGUUUUCACCACCAUGAGGGGCACCAGAGGAUACCUGGCCCCCGAGUGGAUCACGAACUACGCGAUAUCAGAGAAGAGCGAUGUGUACAGCUAUGGGAUGCUGCUGCUGGAGAUCAUCAGCGGGAGGAAGAACUUUGUCGCAUCGGAGACCUCCGAGAAGUCUCAUUUCCCUUCCUAUGCGUUCAAGAUGAUGGAGGAAGGCAAGCUGGGGGAGAUCUUCGACUCGAAACUGAAUCUGGAUAAAGAAGACGAGAGGGUUUCCACCGCGAUCAAAGUCGCGUUGUGGUGCAUACAGGAGGACAUGCACGUGAGGCCGUCGAUGACGAAAGUUGUGCAAAUGCUGGAAGGGAUAUGUCCUGUUCCUAAGCCGCCAACUUCGUCUCCAUUGACAGCGAGGCUGUACUCGGGGAUCUUCAAGUCGAUCAGCGAAGGAGGAACUUCGUCGGGCCAGUCGGAUUGUAACAGUGAUGUAUAUCAGUCUGCUGUACGGCUGUCAGGGCCUAGAUAA